UGCCGUCUCAGUCUCAGGUCCACUCGCACAAUGGCGCACAAGCAGCUGUCCCUGGUGUGCGUGGUGGUUCUGGCCGCCCUGGUCGCCCCACUGCAAGCGCGACCCGAGCCGCCCUCCAGCUACCUGCCCCCGGCCAGGGGCGGUGGCUUCGGCGGGGGCGGCUUCGGGGGCGGCGCCAACAGGCCGUCCUCCAGCUACGGGGCGCCCUCGUCGUCCUACGGGGCGCCCAGCGGCGGCGGCGGCGGCUACGACGACCAGUCGGAGCCCGCGAAGUACGACUUCAUGUACGAGGUGGACGCGCCCGAGUUCGGCACCAACUUCGGCCACCAGGAGAGCCGCGACGGCGACGUGGCGCAGGGCAGCUACCACGUGCUGCUGCCUGACGGGCGCAUGCAGACCGUCAAGUACAUCGCGGACGCCAACGGCUACCGCCCGCAGGUGUCCUACCAGGGCGGCGGCGGCGGCUACGGCGCGGGCGGCGGCGGCGGCUUCGGCGGCUACCCUGGCGGCAGGGGCGGCGGCAACGGCGGCUACCAGUACUAGGACGACGACGACGACCACCGACUGGCGACCACCACGCGGGCGUCCCGCACCCCGCACGGCCCCGGGGAGGAGUGUCCCGACCCUGCGGGGUCCAGGACGCCGCCGAACAACACCGACGGCCACCUCCUCCUCUGGCGGAGGACCACCGCGUUCCGACUGACCUCACCGACGAACACCAGACGACAAGACUAGAUCACGCCCAAAGCGCCUUGCCUGUGAAUAGCGUUUAAGUCAACCAAUCGUAUAAUAAUAAAGGAAUGUGCAAGC